AUGUCAAAAAUUUGGAUUUGCAUACUUUUUGGAAUCAGUUCUAUUUCUACUAUUUCGGAAGAGGAUUCAAUUGGAUCCUUGAUAUCAAAAGAUUUUCUAACAACCGAAGGUAUUUUCAUCUCCAUUAACGCUUUUAUGUAUAUUUUCGUUGAAUACAGGAAAUAAUACAACCGAAUUGGAAAAUGGAACGACCUUCGGUAGUUAUACAUCAACUACUGUAAUAAUAUCAACAACAGAAAGGCCAGGAAGUAUGUACUAAAUAGAUAAGAUUCGAGUUAGAAAUUCAAUAUUUCAGAGUGUCGAGUCCCUCCGGACAUUCUACUUAAGGACGAUUGUGAUUGGUUUGAUACAAAUGGAGCAUAGUAAGAAAUUCUUGACUUUAAAAAUUAAAUUCGUGAAUUUUUUAGUGUCGAAAUUAAUACUGAUUUAUUAAAUGAUGAAAUUCUAAUGAAGCUGGCCAACCGCCUGGUUUAUCUUAGUAAAGUCAAAUUAAUAAUCUCGGGCUUCUUGUCAAGUGGUACUAAUGUGAAUAAGAUAUAUGACAAGCGGAAUUUAACUGGUAUAUUAUUCUCGAAAUUGAGUCAAAUCGAAGGUAAUGAGUUAUCCAAGAAUAUGAACUAUAUAUUGAUUUUGUAUACUGUAGUUCUUAUUCUUUCAGAUGCUGAGAUAGUCAUUGAAAAUGGGCGCAAUCUUGAUUUCAAUUUAUUAUUUCCUACUUAUGAAAAUAUAUCGAUCAGAAAUUUCUCCCUAACAAUUCAUGGAAAUGAGCAGAUAGUAAAUCUUUCGAAUCGCGCUGAAUUAAUGGAAAGAAUUUGUGACACAGCAAUUUGCGAUAUUCAGGAAAAGGAAGAAUGCAUGUUUUUGAAUUCAAUUCAAAACAUAAACGAGUAUAAAAAAUGUGAAAUUGUGUAUGGAGAUAUGGUAUUUGAUCAAGAAUUCCAAGAUUUUAUACCAAGACACAUGAAUUUUGUGCUUUAUGGAUGUUUUAUUGUGGAUCAAGCCAAUAUUCGUAUUCUCAUGCAUUUUUCUUUCGUAGAAACACACUGUACAACUGCUCAUGGUAGAUAUACUAUUUUCUGAAUCCUUUUAAAAACUUUUUUUCACAGAAUUCACACUCAACAAUUUGCUAUGUCGCGAAGAUCGCAUUAUGACAGUCAAACAUUUCAGACAAGGUAUUGUUGAAGUCAGAAUUGCUGAAGAAGAGGCAGAAUGUUCGAGUAUGUUGAACUAUUUUUUUGGAACAAUUAUUUUGUUUUUUGUUCAGAGGGCGAGUGCUUUGGUAAUUUGGUAAUCGAAAGAGAAACACAAUAUUUUCUCACGUGUGAAAAGGUAAAGAAAUCUUUGGUGAUCAAUGAAAAAAGUGGAAACUUGUCGGAUAGAAUACCAGAUUUUGCUUUCAUCCGUUUAAUAGAAGGAACAUUCAAAAUCACAAACAAUCCAAGCAUCGAAGUUCUAAUCCUCCCAUUGUUGAAAAAAAUUGAAGGUGAUAAAUGUAAGUUUAACUAUUUUGAGAAAUAAAUGAACGAAAGCAACAAUUUCAAGGUCCCGCUCUGACAAUUGAAAAUAUGCCAAAUUUGAAGAAAAUUAUUUUUCAUCCAUCGUUUUCUGUUUCAUGUAAUGCCGAUUCAAAUGCACCAGCUAUAUCAAUUUCGAAUUGUUCUAAACUUGUAUUACCAAAUGAUAUAUACGAUUGGGAUAAAAAUGAAAGAGUUGAAAUCGGGACAACACAAGUAGCACCGCCAAGUCCGUUUCAUUGUAAGUUUGAAAAAAAAAGAAUACCAUUAAUGCGAAUCAAUUCAAAAUGUUUUCAAGUUAUACAAUACGCAAUUUAUGCAGCAUUUGGAAUAAUGAUUAUUAUCGAGAUUAUACUAUUCAUAUACAACAAAAACAAAGAUCCGGAAAGAAUUGAAGAUAUUGAUGAUCUACUCGAGUAUACCAACAAAGGGUAA